ACCCGCUCGAACUGCAGAGAGAUGUAGCACCGCCCUCGUUCACAUGUCGGACCUCGAGGCUGGUGAGCAGCCUGCGUCUCGCCAUGCCCCUGCACAGAGCGCGCCCGGAGCGCAGUCGCCGGCGCACAAUGGCGCAAGCAGCAGCAACGAGCAGGAGCGAGCUGCGCAGCUGAUCCAGAAAAACUACCGCGGCUAUCGAGAGCGGCGACAGCUGCAGGGCAUGGGGCUGGAUGCCGGGGCGCGUUGGUCUGAAGCCUUGAAGGAGGGUUCGUUCGCUCCCACCGUCCGCGUUCGCGUCGUCGAACCCCGGAGCUAACAUGGUUGACACCACUAGCGAAAUGGAGAAGCGCAACCAAGCCCAUACCGCGCGCCGAGCGCCCCACGAGAGAGACGCUGACGACGCCCGAGCAACAGUCCAGAGCCGCAUCCGACGCUGCUCGCCA